GAUUGGCUGUGUAUUGAUGGGGGCAAACUCUGGUCAUGACUCACUUGCCUAUGGUUCAAGGAAGCUUGUCUGUCUGCUGAAACAUAACUGAAAACACUGAGUGAUGGGAGCGGGGAAAAGCAAGAACUCCCAGAGGUGCCUCCUGCAGCUGGAACCAGACCUGGCUAGAGUUUGCCAACUCUCUUGAUUUCAUAUAUGACCCAGCCCUGGAUUUGAAUCCAGCUCAGGAGGGGAAAGGUUGCAUGAUGGAAUCCAGAUUUUCCCAAGAUAAGUUGCACCUUUUGGAUCAGUAUCGCUGAAGUUGUCUUCUGUUUGCUCAACACUAAAUCGAGUCCCUUGACAAGUCUGCUCAAAAAACAUAUAAAAUGGAUCUCAAAGAAAGCUGCCCGAGUGUUAGCAUUCCUAGCUCUGAUGAACACAGAGAGAAGAAAAAGAGGUUUACUGUUUACAAAGUGUUGGUCUCAGUUGGCAGAAAUGAAUGGUUUGUCUUCAGGCGAUAUGCUGAGUUUGAUAAACUCUACAAUACGCUAAAGAAGCAAUUUCCCACUAUGAACCUUAAAAUUCCAGCUAAAAGAAUAUUUGGUGAUAAUUUUGAUCCAGACUUUAUUAAACAGAGAAGAGCAGGCCUAAAUGAAUUCAUUCAGAAUUUAGUUAGACAGCCAGAGCUAUGCAACCACCCAGAUGUCAGAGCAUUUCUUCAGAUGGACAAUCCAAAGCAUCAGUCAGAUCCAUCUGAAGAUGAGGAUGACAGGACCAGUCGGAAGCAGCUAAACUCUACCUCACAGAAUAUCAACCUGGGACCAUCUGGAAAUCCUCAUGCUAAACCAACAGACUUUGACUUCUUGAAAGUUAUUGGGAAAGGAAGCUUUGGCAAGGUUCUUCUUGCAAAGCGAAAACUGGAUGGGAAAUAUUAUGCUGUCAAAGUGCUGCAAAAAAAGGUUGUUCUCAACAGGAAAGAGCAAAAGCAUAUUAUGGCUGAACGUAAUGUGUUGUUGAAAAAUGUGAAGCAUCCAUUUUUGGUUGGAUUACAUUACUCAUUUCAAACAACAGAAAAGCUUUAUUUUGUUCUGGAUUUUGUUAAUGGAGGAGAGCUAUUCUUUCAUUUACAAAGAGAACGUUCCUUUCCUGAACACAGAGCCAGAUUUUAUGCUGCUGAAAUAGCCAGUGCUUUGGGCUAUUUGCACUCUAUCAAUAUUGUAUACAGGGAUUUGAAACCAGAAAACAUUCUCUUAGACUCACUGGGACAUGUUGUUUUAACAGAUUUUGGGCUCUGUAAAGAAGGGAUUGCUACUUCUGACACCACUGCAACUUUUUGCGGGACACCAGAAUAUCUUGCCCCUGAAGUGAUCAGAAAGCAGCCGUAUGACAACACAGUAGACUGGUGGUGCCUUGGGGCAGUUCUUUAUGAAAUGCUUUAUGGGUUGCCACCUUUUUACUGCCGUGAUGUUGCUGAGAUGUAUGAAAAUAUUCUUCACAAACCCUUAAAUUUGCGCCCAGGAAUCAGUCUGACAGCCUGGUCUAUUUUAGAAGACCUCUUGGAGAAGGACCGACAAAAUAGACUUGGAGCAAGAGAAGACUUUCUUGAAAUUCAAAGGCAUCCUUUCUUUGAAUCUCUCAGCUGGACUGACCUUCUUCAGAAAAAGAUUCCCCCACCAUUUAAUCCUAAUGUGCGCUGCAAGUAUAACUGCAGUGCCACUGAAGAUCAUGUAGUCUCUCUAGAUCACACUUCCCCUAAUUACAGGUUGGCCCAGAUGAUAUCAGGAAUUUUGAUGCAGUAUUUACAGAAGAAAUGGUUCCGUAUUCGGUUUGCAUCUCCUCGGACUAUCAUUUUGUAAAUGCCAGUGUACUGGAAGCAGAUGAUGCAUUUGUCGGAUUUUCUUAUGCACCACCUUCUGAAGACUUGUUUUCUUAGGAGGUUAGGAAUCGGUAAAUGCCUCACAAAUACAGAUCAUAAGAUGAACGAAAAUGUUAGGGCGUAAACAUAUUCCAAAAUAUGUGUACCCUAGUGCCUCAUUUUAUAUGUAGGGUUAAAACUUAGGAACAGAUUUGCUCUGCUGUAUAUGAGAAAAUUGGGCAUUUUGAAUGGCUUUCUUUAGGAUGUAAACUGUUACUCCAGCUGCAUAGUAUAUUUUAAAAAAGUUCUUUAGAAGCUGUUCCUUACAUUGAUCUGUUUUUAAGCAAGAACACUGACUGACUGUUUUCCUCCAGGUUUACAUUUAAUGCCUCUCCAGGAUUUGGCUGUCUUUAGUAGCAGCAAACUUAGCACACUUAUAAAUGCCUUUGUAAUUAUUUACAGUGACUUAUGUGCUUGAAUUGUAACUAUGCAACUGUCUUUUGUACAUCAUUUGUUGAAAAAAGAUAAAUGUUUUCCAUGUUUCAUCAAUUUUUUUAAAAUGCAAGUUCAUUACUUGACAGCACUUACCUUAAAUUUUAAUUCCUCAUUUAACUGCAAGGAUUCCUACAGAAUGAAAAGUUGCUCACUUAAGACUUCUUUAUCACCUUACUUAUAUUCAUCAUUACCUUACUGUGGAAGUAAUACAUUUUGAGGUGUAAAGGACUGUUCACAAAACAGGCUGGCACAAACUAACCCUAAAGGUUUGGGAACAUUACUAAUUGCACUGUCUAUAACUCACCUUUUCUAUGGUGAAACAUCUUAUUGACAAAUUUAUCAGCAUUAAAAAAAUAUUCUUGGUUAAAAAAAAAUAUUUUUUCCAAAGAUUUGUUGGGCAAUAAUUUAUUGCUACCUUUUGAAGGCAAUCUUGCUUAUGCCCUAUAGAAGGGAAAUAAAUGGUGCCAAAAAUUAGGUUUGUUUAAUUUCUUGUAUGUAUUUGAAAUACUAAUAUAUUCCAAAUUAAUUGUACCAAUAUUCAUAGUUGUUUUGUCUUUCUCUAUUUUAAUAUGUACCAACUCUUGGAUCUUCACUUGAUACUUGGGGGAAAAUAGCUAUUAAACUACCUUUUCAAUUAUUUCAGUAAUGUGAAAAUAUAUAUGCUGUACAUGGUGUGUGCUGCUUGUGACAUACACACACACAAAUGAAAUGCUAACGCUGACCAACUUGUUUGAGACUUUAAAAAACAAAACAAAACACAUGGAGCACAACUUGGAAUCUGAUUCCAGUUGUAAUGUAGUUUCCUAUAAUAUUGUUUUGUGAUCUAUGUUAUCUGUAUAUAACAAGUUGUUUUUGUCUGCCACUAAAUGUGUGGUUUUAUUCACAAAUGCAUUUCAGUGUCUCAGUAACUUAGUUAUAAAUUAAUGCUUUUCAAUGGAAAUGACAAGCCAUACUUGGAGUUUAUCAUCAGAGACACUUGAAAUGCUUGUUGUUUAGAGGUGACACAAGUUGCAUUUUUAACAAAACAUGAGCCAA